AUAUUACUUAGUUUUUUUUUAUAAAAAAUGAAAAUUUUUAUUCCUAUCAUCUAUUUUUUAAUAACCAUUAUCAGAACUGAUGGUUAUAACCUUCCUGACAUUCGCCCAUCAAAAACCCAUCGCUGGUCCGUUGACGAAAUUGAUAUUAAACCGUCGGAUUUAAAAAAUACUUGGGUCAACGGUAACUAUCAACAGCUGUAUUCAGUGCAAGUCAAUUUUUCUAAACCAAGAAAUUCUGACGAAUUAUAUUACAAAAAUUCUUAUUACAGAUUUUUUUACAGAGUGUGGGAAGUUACCUACGGAAAUUCAAUUAUGGUCAAUGAAAACUAUAUAUCUGGGAAUCGGUUCGAAAUAAAUCGCCUGGAAGAAGGAAAAUAUUAUUUUAUUAGAAUAUUUACUUUGAUUGACCGGAUUUCGGAAAAUUUGUCAACUCUAAAAUUUUUUAUAAAUAGCAAACAAGACCGAAAUCAAUUUAGAGUGUUCGAUCAUUAUCCGCUCAUUCCAUCGAUUCAUUUGCAAUUAUGGCGGAAGUUGCCGAACUCUUAUUCACUGAUUUUAAACUUGGAUGGGCCAGAAUCUAGGGAUAAAAUUUAUUCUUUUUACUUCAUUAUUCAAAAGAACAAUCAACAGAUUGAGACAAGAAGUUUAAAUAAGGAUACAAAGCAUGUGUACUUCAACAUAGCUUACGAACCAUGGUCUGAAUACAUAAUUCAAGUUUACACAGUAUUCAUUAAUCAACGUAACAUGGCCAGCGAAUAUUCGAAUCGAAUAUUUUUUCAAAUUUUCUAAAAUAUAAACCAUAUAUAUUCCUUUUUAUAAUGCAAAAAUUUCAAUUGAUAUUAAAAAAAAAUAAUUUGAUCCAAUAUUUAUUAUAAAAUUUAUAUUUUGGUUUGUAAUUAUGUAUUUUUAUAACUAGAUUUUUUUCGAAACACAAAUGUUAAAUUUUU